AUGAUCAUGAAAUCCAAUUUCUUGAAUUAUUAUUGUUGGUUGUUGCACGUGAUUGGAGCCAUUUUCUUCUUCUCCUGUUAUUCAGUGAAUGGUUCUGCUCCGUUUUUCAUGAAGAAGAAUGAUGAUAUUCCAACUAGUACACUGGAUCACUCGAGCCAUCCCUACGGAUUUGAGUGGAGUAUUCCCGAGGCACUCAAUCAUCACUACUCUCCUAGCUCCAUAAGUGUCCAAGAUGUAAACAGUAAUUACUUGUUGGUAUCUUCGGUUUAUUCUCAACCAAAUACUCCUCUCUCGUAUUCACAUUAUGAAUUGAAGAAUGAGUCGUUUCCUUUCAUCAAGAAUCAGAAAGUGAGUGGAAAUUUAUUACGUGUCAAAGUGGUGAAUCGUGGUCACUUUCAAAUCAUUGCGCCCUAUGGAAGAUGUUGUCAGCCAAGUACUUCUACUAAUCCAACGAUGACUAGCACGAUUCAUCAUCAUCACAAAGAGUAUGGAACAUUCAAUUUGUUCAAAUCACCAUCGCCUGACACUGAUCCAUGUAAAGAAAGAACAAGUACAACGGCCAAGCAGAACGAUUGUCUUGUGGCAACAAAUGCAGGAUUUUUUGAUGUACCUCAUGGCUAUUGUAUUGGACGAGUGAUUUCGAAUGGAAAGCUGUUAAAUUCUGCUUCUGGACACAAUGCUGUAUUUGGAUUUAUCGACAAUGCAAAUCACCCUCAAUAUUUGUAUGGAUAUUUGAAUGAGACUGAUCUUGCAAAAUUGAACCCAACUCAAUUGGUUCAGGGAGCAUUAUGGCUCGUACGAGAAGGAAAGUCAUUUGUCAAUGAGUCGAUCAAAAUUGAAAAAACAAGCCAAGGUUUUUGUGAUUUGGCUGCACCACGUGUCGCUAUUGGAAACGACAUUAACGGAAAUUUAAUGAUAUUGCAGGUGAAUGGAUAUGAGCCUCAAAAGUUAGGUCUUAAUGUUUAUGAAAUGACAGAUCUUUUAUUAUUCCUUGGUUUUCAGAAUGCCAUCAACUUGGAUGGUGGAGGAAGUGCGACCACCUUCAUUGAGGGAUAUCCCACUUUAUUCAAUACAUGCUCCGAUUCAUGCUCUGAAAUCGAAGGAAACAUGUGUCCAAACGCGAAAAUCGGUAGAUGUGAGAGACAUGUCACUACAAUUGUUUGCCUUAAAUGA